UAAUGUUUUUUUUUAUUGUAAGCAUGUAACACUUUGAUUUACCUUAUUGCUGAAACGUGUUCUACAGAUGAUUUCUAUCUUAUAAACUAAACCAUAUGUAUAUAUAGUGUGUUUCUGGAUAACAUUUCAUAAUCAUAUUGAACAAAUGUAAACAUAUACAUUUGUUCUCUGUUGACACAGUGGUAUGUUUCCUGGAUACAAAUACCUGUUAAGGUACAUCGAAGACAUACUCUUAACUGUCAGUAUUUCCUUACAUUUGAGAAACAGGAAAUACUCUUAAAUGGAAAAUCUUGAAUUGGCUUUACUUCAUAAUCUUCCCUAGGAUGCAGUUUUCUGUUUCUUUUGCAGUUUUUUGCUUCCACUCAAAUACAUCAUUCUAUGAAUGAACAGCUUCUUUAGUAAAGAGAUUGUACUGCUUAGUGCACAACUGUCAAGUCAACAGCUUCCCCAACGAUUAUGUAGGACAUAACUUUAUGUUUUCAAAAAAAUAUAUAAUUUUCUGUUGGUCUUAUGCAAGAUCACUUUCUGCACUUAGGGUUAGGGUUAACUUUCAAGUGAAUCUUGGGUUUCCACUGGCUGUGACUUAACAACCCUAGUGUCAGGGGACGACAUGCGACGAAUAAAUUGAAUAUAUAUCAGUUUUAGUGUGAAUAUUAGUUUCUUUCCGUCAGCUGAAUUGAAAUAUAUCUACUUUUAAAUAAUAUCAAGCUUGUUAAAGUAGGAUUAAAGAGAAAUAUACAUUUUAACAGAAGCGUUCACAAUUAAAAAUGACGAUCAGUUUAGGGUGUACAAACAAAACUGAGAAACGGGGAACGAAUUUUCUGCUGUCGUGAAAAAGAAUCAAGUGUUCUCUAUAUUUACGGCUGCCCGGCCGGCCCAGCACGUUCCAGGACGUUUCUGUGAGCGUAUUUAGAUGGAGCGAAGGGCGGUGGCCGGUGAAUGAAUAAUCAAGGCUUCCAUGGGCGGCGCAGGCUCCGUAUUUACACUGGGCCGCUCCGCCCUACUCAGAGAUAGAAAACUGUCUGCGGGCCGGAGGGAUGGAACAAGUGGAAGGAAAUGUUGCCGAUAGGCACACAUUAAUUACUCCGCCACACGCUCUGCAACUCGUCCGGCUGCGCUCCUUCCCCAUUACGCUGUAGCGGCAGCAGCAGCAGCAGCAUCCUCCUCUCUGCAGAACAGGACGAGCGAUCAUCCGGGCCGCCUGCGUCGGAGCUUCAUGGCCGCAGCACUGACUAUGAGCGGCGCACAGCAGGACCCGUUCUACUCGCUGCAGAAAGCGGCGCUGUCCGCCGCCUUCUCUCUGGAGGACUCGGCGCUGUUCGGCCUGGACUGUAAAAUCUCAGAAGCAGACAAGGCAGGGCAUAAUGACUACACGCAGGUGAAGUGUGAGAUGGACAGGUAUCUCUCCCCUCCUGCCUUUCCACCCCAGUCAGCCAGCCAGCAGAAGUCGCAUAGAGACACCACGUCGGCGGCGGAGCAGUUCUUUAGCGGAGACCAUGCCGGGGCUCCCUACACCCUCAAUAUGAACGUUUACCUCCCCGACGUGGCCUAUCUGAGGAUGGGCUCGUGUGAGCAGGUCCGGGCCCCUCAGGCCCAGAACCGCGCCGGCCUGGCCCAAAUUAAAACGGAAGCUGCCUCGUCGUGUUUCGGCCCGCACCUACAGCCCCACUGCCCCGACGGUGCGCCCACGAGCAGCUGCGGUACAUCCGGGCACGAGCCUAGCAACGCUGCCUUGGAAACCUCAGCCAUAAACAUGUCGCUAACAGGGUUACCAGACUUCACGAGUGUUUUCACCCAAUCGGGAGGAGAGGUGUUCAUCAAACAGGAAAUGCCGUCGCAGUUCGAGCAGCAAGGCAUCCACCACGAUGGCAGCGGCUCACUCUUCCAGCUCUUGAACGCCGGGUUGGAUCAUCACCACAUUGAUGGCAUGGAAACUCAACAGCAGCAGAUGCAGCACAAUUCCAAUGUUCAUGCACCUUUCCAUGAAUUACCAGUAGCUUCGGCUAAUUCCCAGCAAGAGCAGGGCACCAAGGCGGCCUACCGCAGGGUGUACGCGCAUCCUAAUGCUCAGGUGCACUCCCAUUACUUGCAGCAGCAGGUGCCCUACCUGCCUCCCUCCCCGCCCAGCUCCGAGCCGGGCAGCCCCGACAGGCAGAAGGAGCUACUCCACACCCUUUCCCCUCCUCCUUCGUACGCCGCCACCAUCGCCUCCAAGUUGGCCGGGACCACGCCGGGGCUCGGACCCGGCCCCGGACCCGCCGGCUUCGCCCUGCCCACUCCAGUCCAAGGCCCGUCUCCGAGCCUCCCCCAAGGCCCUGCAGCCCAGACCACGACGCAGAGCUCCGGGACUGUCCGAUACAACCGGAGGAACAACCCGGACUUGGAGAAACGCCGGAUCCACCACUGUGAUUACCCAGGCUGCAAGAAGGUCUACACCAAGUCGUCCCAUCUGAAAGCCCACCUCAGGACUCACACGGGUGAGAAGCCGUACAGGUGCACGUGGGACAGCUGUGACUGGCGCUUCGCCCGGUCCGACGAGCUCACACGCCACUACCGUAAACACACGGGAGCCAAGCCCUUCCAGUGCACCGUCUGCUCCCGCUCCUUCUCCAGGUCCGACCACCUCGCGCUGCACAUGAAGAGGCACCAGAACUAGCCACGUUUUGCACGCGUGCCACAGUCGAGCUGUGCGAACCCUCGUCCUGAAUCUCACGUAAAGCACUCGGCUUUGUGUCCGACAGCUACAGUGUUAAAGCGGCUGCGCGAUGCCAAGCAGCUUUACUGACAUCCCAGCUCCUCCCGGUGCUGCCAUCGAUCAAUACAAUUGUACGAUAGCUAAGGAAGAAAGCGGUGGCCAAGAAAAUGUUUGGUUUAUCACCGUCACAAGGUAUGAUUAAAAAAAAACAACAAAACAAACAACAACAAAAAAAAAGCUCCAUAGCGUAAAGAAAAUGGUAGCUCCUUCACGUUUUCCGGUCCAUUUGGACUUUGUGUGACUGGAAAGAAAAAAACAAACAUUGUCUGUCUUUGUUGUAAUGUAGAACUUCUUAAUGCAAGAACAUCUUUUGUUUACUCAUUGGUGUGUUUGUUUAAAUAGCUGGAAUAUCCAGGUUUUAUUCGAUUUUAUUUUUUUAACCAAAUCCUUCGGUUUGCACUAGAACUGAUUGUGUAUCUCAUGCACCAACAAAACGUUCAUUAUCACAACUGGACAUGCCACGCCAGUCACCACUGUCCGGAUAUUAAAAAUUGAAAGCAUUUAUUCUCCUGAGACAAAGAAGAUGGAGCAUAGAAGAAGAAGAAAAAAAACAUGAGAGGAAGGUAGAGAUGGCAAGACUGAAUUGUUUUUCAUUUUAUAGAGAGAAAAUCUGCAGAUGGCUGAGUAACAUAGGGACAUGGGUGGAUUGUAAAGAGCAGCCAUUAGGCGAUCAAUCAUUUAGGAUGGGUUUUUGAUGGAUGUUCAGCUGGAGAAAUGUAAGCAGACCUGACUCUGUUAAAACAGAAGCAGCUGUAUUUAUGCACAAGCUUGAAUUAAGCAUCUUCAGAAUUUCAUUUCUGUGCAGAUUGUGCCAUCCAACUUUUAUUUUUAUUUUUGCAUUUGAACCAAAGUCUAAUCUUCGUCAUCAACACCCUAUGAAGUGCCUCCUUCCGUGGUUAAUGUGUUCCUGUUCUGCCAGAGUGAUUAGUGUUGGCGGUUCUUUUAAACACACAUGGUGCUGUUUUUGGUUCCUGUUCUGUUUAAAAAAUAAAAAAUAAAUAAAAAAUACAGGGAGAGGGAAAUGAGAAACCUUAAUCUCCUAAAGCUGAUCAUCUCCAUUGUAAUAUAACAGCUCAGCUCUGAAAACUUUAGACAUCCUGAAACAGCGUGGAGCUUUGGUACUAAAGUGACAGUCUGUCUCUUUCUCCAGGGAGGUUUUAGCCUUUUUUUUGGUUUUUAAUCUGUAGGCAGAUAACUAGCAACAGGGCUCCAUCGGGCCUUCAAACUUGGACACAUGCUCUGUUAGAGGACAGAUUUGCUACGUCUUUGAAGUUAAAGAACUUGAAUAUUUUACACAUAGCUCCAUUUAGAUAAAUGUCCCCCUCUUUCCGCCAUUAGCACCCUGACAGCAGUUUUGCUCAGAGAUGCACCAGUCAGAGUUCAUCGAUCUGUUUUGUAAAACUUUGACCCGCCAGUACUGCUGUGAUCGGCCGUCAGUGUCUCCCAUCAUACACGGUAAUUGAGAGCAAUCACACCACAACUGGGUUUUUUUUUUACCGGCAUUUCAAAACCAGAACCAAAGCACGGCAGACUGAGGUUGAAGCUCGGAAAGUCUCGCUCUCUCUCGCCGCUCGAUGCUGCUUCUCACAGUUUCUGCAGCUACACUGAAAGGUGCUGCCGUCAGUGCAGCCUGUUCUUUGGUUACAUGCCGUGCGUUCACUGAUGGGGAGAAUAUUUUUGAUUUUCCGACCUGACGAUCAAGCAGAAAAUCGGCCUUAAUAGCUGAUUUCUCGGUGCAUCUCUGCUUUUGUUCUACUUUAGAGAUCUACAAUCUUGUAAACCAUAACUCCAUGAUCCAUUAAGACCUACUGUACCUUCUUUUUUACUAGCUAAUAAAAACAAAACGGGACCUUUUUUAAUGAAAUAAAUUUUGGUAGCUUUUGUUUAUAGAUGUAUGAUCUUAAUGGAUUACUGUAUGUACAGAACAUGGGAAUCUGUCCUCUAAUAUACACCCAGGUGUGAGUUUGAUUGUGUGAUUCGGCCUUUAUAACUGUACUUGUUCAUUCACUGCAGGUAGCUUAAAGAUAAUAUAGCACUGUAAUCUAACAAGGGAAAUCUCUCUAUUUAUUUAAUUGUGUAGAAGCUGGGCUAUAACAGAUUCACUGUGCUGUUGGGUUUUUUUGGUUUUUUUUUUUACCCCAGCAAAAAAUGCCUUAAUGUAAAUAAAUGCACUGUAAAUACAUUUUUGUUCCAUUUUUUUAAUGUGUUAACAAAAGGGCAGAAAAAUAGGAAAAUGCCCUGCAUCCAAAAAUAUUUGAGCCUUACUCCUGUUUUGUUCUCUCGUCCAAACUAUUUUCAUGCCAUUAUUAUAUAUGUGUGUGUGUUUGUAUGUAUAUAUAUAUAUAUCUAUAUCUAUAUACAUAGAUAUAGAUAUAUAGUCCUUCCAACAACUUAUUUUUUGUAGCUUUUCUUGCUUGU